CUCGCGCGUUGCCCCCUCCUUCGACUGCCACAGACCCCGUGCGCCAGUGUCUCGAGCAGACAGCGACUUUUGAUAUUGCUUGCCUUCGUUCAGAGCUCGAUUUCCACAGCCUGCUACCUGCGGUCCGACCUUCAGUGCGCCAAACACUGCUCCCAGCUCGAGCGGUGGCUCCGGCUCGUACCAUUCUGCCCCCAGCAACCACGCGGGCGCCGAGGCCGCUGUGUGAGCUCUCGAACUGCAACUGGCCUUUGUGGACGCCUUCGCGCACAAUACUUAUAAUAUCUGGCCCAGCCUCCUGUUUCGGCCAAGCUCAGUGUCAGGUAUAAACUUUUUGGCCAUGGACACCUCGUUUUCCGAUGACGAGAAGCGCUUUGUGCUUGGCGAGAUGAUCAAAGUCAGCAGUAUAGACGUGCCGACUCUGGUAGAGUUUAUCCGAGCCAACCAGCUCGAACCGAGGUGGUUGUCAAUGCAGCUCCCUGGUGGUCGAAACAUGCAUCAAUGUAUGGGUGCCGUUGACAACAUGUUCCAAAUCAAGUUUCCUCCGCCAGAUCUCCCCGGUUACAAGCGGAGCACUCUCAGCGACAUGGUCGAUCCAGCACCAAAGAGACAGGCUGUCAUGAUGCCCUCGGAACAGCCGAUGCCACCCGCCCGGAUAAUACAGCCACGGCCGGCUUCAAACAGCUUCAUCUCCAUGUCAGGCCCACCAAUGUCUACGCCUUCAGCCGGGCCGUCAUUGACAGCCACUGGAAAGAAACGAGGGCGGCCCUCGAAGGCCGAUAAAGAGGCACAGGCUCGUGCCAAUUACUCGAGAUCUGUCGAGUACGCGGCCAUCACGCCGGCACCGCCACCACCGGCCACGCUCAGAUCUCCUCGUGAGUAUGCAGCCUCGCCAGGCUACGAAGUGUCCAGCUACCCGGAGCAGAAGCUCAAGAAGCGCGAGCGCCAAGGCAUGACGGGCAGCCCACAGCCUCAAGGCCCAUCUUAUGCGAUGGCCUCUCCAGUCUCGACUGCCGGAACACCCAGAAUGCUCCCUGAGCUCACGGACAAAGGACCAAUCUCGCCCGAAGGACAGAAGUCGGUGCCUCCGGAAAAACGCUCGCCAUCCGUGUUACCACAAUUCAUACAUCAUCAUCACAGCUACCACCAUGAGCGUCCGCCGGCACCACAGACACAAUCUCAGCAACAGCACCAACAGCAUCAGCAUCAACAUCCUCAUGUGUCGCACCAAGAGGCGCCAGACUCUCGACCGCCAUCGCAAGGACCAAUGCCACCUCAUACACAGCACCACCCGCCUGCGCGACCACCUGCAGUCUUUGACCCCAUUUUCCCAGGUCGGGAUCGAUCACGAGCUGGGUCCGAUCGGCCAACACCAGCUCCAGCUCCGGCAGCAGCCCCACCCAUAACGAAUAGGGGCUGAUGAAAAUCGGAUUUGAACAGAUUCACGGCGCAAGGGCGGGAGGGAAAAUGGAAGCAGCGGAAGUAGGGACGGAUAUAAGCUGCUUUGCUAAUGGGGAAUUUAUCGGUGGGCACUUGACAGGCACGGCAUUACGGCGUUUUCUUGGGCUGCUUUUUUUCUACACAAACAUUUUCUCAGCCACCACAAGUCGUCCCGGUC